GUCAUUCGUUAUUUUCAUUCUUUCGGCCUGCGGCCUGUUUAUAAGUGAAAAAAUCUCUAUAAUUGUAUUAUAUUGACUUAUAAAUGCGAUUAAAAUAACUUUGUGUUGUUGACUCAUUAUUUUGAGAAUAGUGAUUGAUAUAUCCACGAAAAAUAAAACAAUAAUGAUUGAGGAAGACAACAAGACUCUCUGGUGCGGGAAUCUAUCUGACCAAGUCAACGAAGAGCUGCUUUACGAACUAUUCCUUCAGGCGGGACCGCUUGAGAAGGUGAGAAUCGCACGCGACAAGGACGGCCGGCAGAAGAAUUUCGCUUUCAUCACAUAUUGUCAUGAAGUGUCCGUGCCUUACGCGCUCAACUUGUUCCGCGGUACCGCGCUGUUCCAGAGAACCUUGUCGUUGCAAUGCCGCGCUCGCAUGGCGCUUCUUCCUCCACGAAUAAGAUGUUAUGGGCCUGACGCGACGCCAGAUUUCCUUACCCAGGGCAAUGCGAAUGUAACACAGCAGUUUGCUCAAAUGACUGAUCACUUGAAACAAGAUGAUUUGCACUCCGUACAUGAACCGCGAAGAUCAGAUAUUGAGGAUGUAAAAUUAAGUAGUCUACAAGGUAACUGGUCUCACAGACAUCACCCUUAUAGAGGUAAAGAUAAGAGCUAUGGUCGGGAUGACUUCAGGCCGAGAGGUUCACAUUCAGACAAAACCGGUGGCCACAGUAAACACUCCAGCAGCUGGCGGGACAAAAAGAGCCAUAAGAAAGGAAGUUAUCACAGAAGGAACUGAAUGAUUUCACUCAUUUUUUAGUAUGUUGACACAUUUUUAAAUAUUUGUGCAAAUCAGUGUAACUAAUAUGCAUUUUCUAUUUUCUAUGGACCAUAUAGUGUUAACUGAACUAUGAUCUCUGUGAAUUAUUCUUUUAACACCUGGAUUUUGAAUAUUGACAGGGGUGGUUAGGACACAUAAAUAUUGAAAAAUAAUCAACUGGGCCAGUCAAAGGGUAACUAUAUUUUAUGGAAAUGUUGUUAGCAAUCUGUAGAAAACUCGUAAACAAAAUUUUGCUAGUUUGACAUAAGUUAAUAGAUAAUGUAGAUUUACCAAUAAAUAUUUGUUUAUUUGACUCUUCAAAUAAUUAACCAACUUCUUUAAAACACUGAAUAAAUGUUUAUUGGUACAGAUAUAGUUUCAUAAAUCUAAAUUGAGUUAUUAAAGUUGCAAAACUCCUCUACUUUAAUUAUGCUUUUGUUUAAAUACAAUUACAAGGAAUCACAUUCUUUGAAAUAAGUAUAAAAAUCAUGUAAGACAAGAUUCAAAUUUUGACAUACAUUGAAACUCAUUUACUCAAUGUUACCUGGGAAUCAAGCACAAAACUAGCUAGUUUGGAGCCAUACCUACUGCCAGUAGGCAAAGAAUUAAUUUUUAUUGAUGUGCAAUAUAUUGUGUUAAAAAUUUGCUUUGUCUCUGGCUGACAAAAUUAUUUUAGAAUUUGAUUUUAUUUCAAGUGGAGUUACAAAAGGAUCAUGUAAAUUAAGUGAUUAAAUAAGAAAAAACAAUCAUAA